AUGAAGGUCACUCUGAAGGACAUCGAUGAUUUCAAACUGAUGACAGUCCCACACCACCACAGGAGCACCGGUAAAUCAAUCCAGUUCAAACUUGAGCAGCACGUGAAGAUUCAUUUUAAUGAAAAGCCAUAUUCUUGCGAUCACUGUGGAAAAACAUUCUCUCAUAAUUCUGCCUUGAAAAGACACGUGAGAAUACAUUUAAAUGAAAAGCCAUAUUCUUGUGAUCACUGCGGAAGAAAAUUCUCUCAGAGAUCAAACUUGAAUAGUCACAUGAAGAUUCAUUCUGAUGAAAAGCCAUAUUCUUGCGAUCACUGCGAAAGAAAAUUCUCUCAGAGUUCAAUUUUGAUGAGGCACGUACAGAUUCAUUCUAAUGAAAAGCCAUAUUCUUGCGAUCACUGCGGAAGAAAAUUCUCUCAUAAUUCAGACUUGAAAAGGCACGUGAGGAUUCAUUCAAAUGAAAAGCCCUAUUCUUGCGAUCACUGCGGAAGAAGAUUCUCUCAUAAUUCAGACUUGAAAAGGCACGUGAGGAUUCAUUCAAAUGAAAAGCCCUAUUCUUGCGAUCACUGCGGAAGAAGAUUCUCUCAGAGAUCAAACUUGAAUAGGCACGUAAAGAUUCAUUUUAAUGAAAAGUCAUAUUCUUGCGAUCACUGUGGAAGAAAAUUCUCUCAGAAUUCACACUUGAAAAAGCACUUAAGUAUGGUGCACGCUUAA